AUGAGUUCUCCUGCACUGUGUCGGUUUAUACCGGCAGUCUCAAGACUGGCCACAAAAGGAGUUGUCGUGCCACGAUUAUCUGUCAAGUCUCAGCUACGUCCAUGGGCAUACCUUUCUGGGAGGUCAUUUUCUGCGAGACCUGCCUUACUUGUGAAGAAAUACACCGAGGAUCAUGAGUGGAUAGAGCUUGACAGCGACGGCAAAACGGGAACGAUAGGUAUUACCGAAUAUGCGGCCAAAGCCCUUGGAGAUGUUGUCUACGUUGAACUUCCUGAAAUCGGCAUGGAAGUGACAAAAGGUGACACAAUUGGCGCAGUCGAGUCCGUCAAGUCUGCCUCCGAUAUCAUGACGCCUGUGUCGGGCAAGAUCUCAGACCAUAACAAGCUGUUGGAAGAGAAGCCUGGGACGAUCAACAAGAGCCCAGAGUCCGAGGGUUGGCUGGCAAAGAUUGAAGUGACGAAUUUGAAUGAGCUCGACGGUCUCAUGAGCAAAGAGGACUACGAUAACUUCGAGAAAGAAUGA